GCCGGCGCGAGAUCCGCUCGCCGAGGCGCGGGAAGCGCAGAGCCUGCGUGGGCCGCGCGGGCGCCGGAAAUGGGUGGGCGUCCGCCGGCUCCCGCCCGGACUCGCCUGAGGCGCUACUCGCGAGGGCUUGACUUCCUCAGUUAGAAGAGAAAAUAAAGGCUUUGACUCAUGAAGAAUCUGCUCACUCAGAAGAGUGUAUAUCAAGCCCCUGGUUGAAUUUCCAUUAAAAAAAAAAGAGAUUAAGUGAAGAAUGGAGAGGAAGGUUGACUCCAGGUCUUUUAGGGAUGGUGCAGUUAAGAAACUUUAUUCUCCAAAGAUACUGGCCAACAAGAAGUCUUCUGCCUUCCCUGGGAUCCGGAGUGCGAUACCUCGUUCCGGCCAUCCAGGGCACCACGCUGGGACCCAAAGGGGUCGGUUAAAAGAAUUGCGCAUCAGAUGUGUGGCCAGGAAGUUCUUGUAUUUGUGGAUUCGAAAAACUUUUGGAAGAGUAUUUCCCUCUAAAGCCAGGUGUUACUAUAAGCAGAGGGUGCUCCGGAAGGUCUUUGAAGAAUGGAAAGGAGAGUGGUGGGUUUCCCAGCGGGAGUGGAAGCUCUGUGUUCGAGCAGACUGUUACUACAGGUAUUACUUGUACAGCCUGAUGUUCCAGACCUGGAGGACCUACGUGCACCAGCAGCAGGACAUGAGGAACAAGUACACGAGAGCCGAGAACUACGAUGCAAAGCAAAAGAUUCGACGGGCCUGGAAGUCCUGGUUGAUCUACGUGGUUUUUCGAAGAACCAAAUUUCAGAUGCAGACCACCGCCCUGGAGUUUAGGCAGCAGAGCAUUUUGUGGGCGUGGUGGAGCGAGUGGAGGCGGCAGCUGGGACAGAUCCGGGUGGGACGUGCUCUCUGUGCCUCAGCUGUGAAGCACAGGGCCCUGAGCCUCAAGCUGCAGGCUUGGUCACGGUGGCAGGAACAGCUCCUGCAUGUCCAGAGAGAGAGACAGAAGCUGGUCUGCGCAGUGAAACACCAUCAGCACUGGCAGAAGCGCAGAUGUCUGAAGGCCUGGCUUGACUACCUGCAGGCCCGGAGGGUAAAGAGACAGCAGAACGAGAUGGCUGAGCGAUUCCACCGCGUCACGGUGCUUCAGACGCACUUCUGUGAUUGGCAGUGGGCCUGGCAGUGGAGGCAGAGCUGGCACGCUCGCCACGCCCGGGUGCAGGCGCUGGCCGGCAGGAUGGCGCUGCGGCGGGCCUUCACUCACUGGCAGCACUACGUGCUGCUGUGUGCAGAGGACGCUGCCCGGUGGAAGUGGGCAGAGGAGCACUGUCGGCGCCGCUUGCUGCACUUCUGCUUUAGAGCCCUCAGAGGCAACGUGACCCGCGCCCGCCUCCAGCGCAUGAGAAGGAAUCUCGCUCACCAGCAGCACGACGUCGGGCUGCUGCGCCGGUUCUGGAACGUCUGGCAGUCUCGGAUCGAGCAGAGGGAGGAGAGAGAGCAGCGCCCCUUACUGCAGGCUGCCUGGGACCACCACAGAAGAACAUUGCUACGCAGGUGUGUCAGGUGGUGGUUACAGCGUAUGCAGAAGAGGCGAGACAAGCAGCUGCUACAGGCCAGAGCAGACAGGCACUUCCAGCAGAGAACCCUGCCCGCAGCCUUCCAGGCGUGGAGGAGACUGUGGCGAUGGCGCCUGCAGGAGAGCGUCCUGGAGGCCAGAGCAGCACGCUUCCACAGGGAGACAUUAGAGAAGCAAGUAUUUGCUAUUUGGUGGCAGAAGAUGUUUCGGCAUCAAGAACACCGCUUGGCAGAGAGAAUGGCCAUCCUUCACGCGGAGCGGCAGCUCCUGUGCAGGUGCUGGUCCACGUGGCACCAGCGGGCGGCAGCACAUCGCCAGGAGCGGCAGUGGCAAGCAGUGGCCCGUGCCCACCACCGCCAGGCGAGGCUCAGGACGGCUUUCUCCACUUGGAGGGAGAGCGCCCGAGGGCUCAGAUCAGAGAAGACGGGCGGGGUGCUGGCGGCAGCGUUCCUCUCAGCUCGGCUCCUGCGCGGGGCCUGGCACCGGUGGAGGGAGUGCCUGACUCUGCGGGGCGCCGAGCGGCAGAAGCUGAUGCGCGCAGACCUGCACCACCAGCACACCCUGCUGCACCGGGCGCUGCACACCUGGGGGGCUUACCAGAGCCGCGUGCGGAGCGUCCUUCAAGAGGUGGCGGCCAGGGAGAGCCAGCACCAGAGGCAGCUGCUGCGGUGUGUGUUACGUCGCUGGAGGGAGAAUGCAGCGGCCUGCAUGGAGGAAGCAAGGAAAACCUCUCGAGCGAGGGCUCACUACCGAAGGGGCCUGUGCCUCAAGGUCUUGACCCGGUGGCGGGAGGCCGCAGCGGUGCAGAUCUACUGCCGGGAGCAGGCGGACUGUGCCCUCCGGGAGGCCCAGCGGGUGCUGGCGAGGGGCUGUCUCAGGACCUGGUUUCGGCGCUGGCGGGCCCGGGGCCGGAGGGUAGCCCAGCAGCGAGCCCAGCUGGAGAGGGCGGCGCGGCAUUACUGUCGGCAGCUUCUGCUGCAGGGCCUGGCCCGCUGGAAAGUGCACCACCUAGGCUGCGUCAGGAAGAGGCUGCUGCAGAGGCGGGGCGCCCAGCUCCGGGCCCAGACACUCAGCCGGUCCUGCUUCCGCCAGUGGCGACACCAGCUGGAGAACAGGCGGCAGGAGCAGCGGGACACAGCUCGGGCCCUGUGGCUCUGGGCCUUCUCGCUUCAGGCAAAGGUGUGGGCUGCGUGGCUGGGCUUCGUGCUGGAGAGGAGGAGGAAGAAGGCGAGGCUGGAGCGGGCGGUGCAGGCCUACCACCAGCAGCUCCUCCAGGAGGGCGCCACCUGCCUCCUGCGGUUCACAGCGGACAUGAAGGCCCUCCGGCAGCAGCUGCAUGCCCAGCAGCAGGUGCAGGUGGCCCACAGCCUCCACCGGGCAGUCCACCGCUGUGCCAUGCUCUGGAAACAGAAGGUGCUGGGCCCCGGCCGGUCGCCUCCCCCCACCUCCACUGUGCCCAGCAGGAGAGUGACAUUCAGGGGCCCCCUUCCCGACCACGUCAGCGCUGCUGCUGGAGAUGCCGCCCCGGAGACCAGGAGGCCUCGAGCCCCUCGUGGGCCACAGGGCACUCUGGGUAGCCUGGCCCUGGAUGCCGGGGACCCCCCUCUCCUGGAGCUGCCUGAGACUCCGAGGGAGCGAGACCUAGGCCUGGCCCCGCCCACAGGCUCUUCCCUGACGAGGCCCUUCUCGGAAAAGGCCCAGACAGUCCCGGUUCCAAGCAGCGCCCUGCCCCAGCCUGGGGCCCUGCCAAGUGCCUCUGGCCUGAAGUUGGUGCCCAUGGCGAGUACAGGCCCGCAGUUGCUGCCCCCUUCCUCCUUCAUGCCCUGUGGGGUGGGCCCACCCACCGAGGCAUCAGCAUGGCUGACCUCCCCUGGCCUUAUGCCCCAGGCCCCUCUAUCCCUGGCCAGUGUCCCCGACUCCCGUCUGCUCCUUCCUGAGGCCCUCACAGGUGGGCAUGGCUCUGAAACUGCAGGUGUGCACCUGAGGUCUGUCAGCGCCUGGGUCCCCUCCAUUCAGCCUGGGCCCAGCUGGGAGCGUGGUCAAGAUCAAGUUCAUUGUCCUGUUGCCCUGGGCCACAGCGACCUGGAGGCUGAGCUUGAGAGCAUCCAGCGGCAAUUGCAGGACUACCAGAGCAUGAAGCAGAGCCUCCGGUCCUACCAGCGGCAAGCGAGCAGCCUGCGCCGGUGGCUGGAGCUGAGCCGGGAGGAGCCCAGGCCCGAGGACCAGGAAGCUGAGCAGCAGGUGCAGGAAGAGCUGCAGGAGGUGAGGUCCCCGGCCCCCCUGGGAGGGGCUCUGGCUGUGCUUCCUCUCAGCACGGCCAUCCUUCCCUGCCCGCAGGUGGAGCUGCAGGCCCAGCAACUGGCUGCAGAGCUCCAGGCCCGGCGCCAGCCCGUCAGCACCUGCAUCGCCCGUGUCCAGGCCCUGCGGCGGGCCCUGUGCUAGAGGCCCUGGCCAGGGCGGCCUCAGCCCGCCUCCGGGAACAGAAUGUAAAGUAAAAUGAGCUUUUUUAAGUUAU